AGCUCUAUCAUCAAUUCCCUCGCCAUGGCGUCUCCAUCUGGUCGUUCCUCCUCGUCGGAUCUUUUCCGGAGGCAGUACGACGUGUUCCUGAGUUUCCGAGGAGCAGACACGCGUCAUGUUUUUACCUGCUACCUCCACGAAUUCCUUUGCCGGAAAGGUAUCCACGCUUUCUUCGACGAGGACCUCCGGCGAGGCAACGAUCUCUCUGCGCUUCUGGACCGGAUCGAACAGUCGAAGAUCUCCAUCGUCGUUUUCUCCGAGAAUUAUGCCAACUCUGCAUGGUGCUUGGAGGAACUCGCGAAGAUCGUCGAUUGCAGGGAGAUAUUUGGUCAGGUUGUUAUACCCAUCUUCUACAAAGUUUCGAAAUCCGAUGUGGAGAAUCAGAUGGGAAAAUUCGGAUCUCCAUUCAAGAGUGCUGAAGAGAGUUUCCCGGGAUUUCAGCACAGAGUUCCCGCGUGGAAGGAAGCUCUGAAGAUUGCUUCAAAUAUCGCCGGCUAUGUUCUGCCGGAGAAAAGUCCGGAAUGCAGCUUCGUUGACAAAAUUGUCAAGGAGACUUUCAAGAUGCUGAACAAAUUGUCUCCAUGUGAAACUCGGGGUCUUCCUGGGAUCGACUCACGUUUGGAGGAACUGGAAAAGUUAUUGAUUUUUGAUGCUUCAAGUUGUCUUCGAAUUGUUGGGGUUCUUGGGAUGGCUGGAAUUGGUAAAACAACUGUUGCAGAUGUCAUAUAUAAACGAAACUACGGUCUCUUUGAUGGGUACUGCUUUCUUGCAAACAUUCAGAACGAAUCCAGAUUACAAGGGUUAGACCAUUUGCAACAGAGACUCCUCGGUAAGGUAUUGGAUGAAGAAAAUCUCAACGUAGGAGCUCCCGAUGGAGCACAUGAAGCCUUGAAGGACCGUCUUCGAAACAAGAGGCUGUUUAUUGUGCUGGAUGAUGUCAGCAGUGAAUAUCAAGUGAGACUUCUUAUUGGGCAACGGGAAUGGUACCGAGAAGGAAGUAGGAUCAUUGUGACAACCAGAGACAAGAAACUGCUGAAGAAGAUCGCGGAUGCAACAUAUGUUGUUCCAAGAUUGAAUGACAGGGAAGCUCUGGAGCUUUUCUGCUUGAAUGCAUUUUCCAACAACCUCUGCCCCACAGAAGAAUUUAUGGAUCUCUCAAACAAGUUUCUAGAUUAUGCCAAAGGGCAUCCUUUAGCGCUGAAGUUGUUAGGUUCUGACCUUUGUCAGAGGGACAAAUUAUAUUGGAUUAGGAAAUUGGAGAGGUUGCAAACAAGGCCGGAUGGGAAGAUUCAGGAGGUUCUAAAAUUGAGUUAUGAAGAGCUAGGUUCUGAACAAAAGAACAUGUUUCUAGAUAUAUCAUGUUUCUUUAGAUCAGAGAAAGCAGAUUUUGUGUCAAGCAUUCUGAACUCUGACUGUGCUGAUGCUGACGCUGUCAUAAGUGAUCUUGAGGAUAAGUGCUUGGUAACCGUUUCCAAUAAUCGGCUUGAGAUGCAUGAUCUACUGCAUACGAUGGGGAAGGAAAUUGGUUAUGAGUCAUCCAUAAAAGAAGCAGGCAAACGCAGUAGGCUGUGGAACCACGAAGAUAUUCGUCAUGUGCUGAAGCAUAAAGCGGGCACUGGAGAAAUUAGAGGCAUCUUCCUGGACGUGUGCGAAGUAGAGAGGAUAAAACUAAGUCCAGAUGUUUUCUCGAGAAUGUGGAAUCUCAAAUUUCUCAAAUUCUAUAAUUCUCAUUGUUCCCGGGAAUGUGAGAAUGCGUAUAAACUUCGUUUCCCAGAAGGGCUAGACUCCUUUCCCGAUGAGCUGGUGUAUCUCUACUGGCAGGGGUUCCCUUUGGAGUCUCUGCCAUCAAACUUCAAUCCUAGGAAACUCGUUCAUCUUGACCUGCGCUAUAGCUGCAUCAAACAACUGUGGGAAGACGAGAAGAAUACGGAAAAUUUAAGGUCGGUUGAUCUUAGUCAUUCGAAAGACUUGCUGAAUUUAUCAGGCUUGUCUGAAGCCCAAAACCUGGAAAGACUGAAUCUGGAAGGCUGCACAAGUUUGACCGAGUUGUUUUCAUUGAUCCCAAAGAUGGACAGCAUUGUUUUCCUGAACCUAAGAGAGUGCACAAGCCUCAAGAGUCUUCCAAAAAAUAUCAAUAUGAAAUCUCUGAAGACUCUUAUCCUCAGUGGUUGCUCGAAUUUUAGGAGAUUUCGAACAAUUUCAGAAAGCAUAGAGUCUCUAUAUUUGGAUGGAACAGCAAUAAAAAGGAUCCCUGAAUCCAUUGGGAAACUUCGCAGCCUUGCUCUACUGAAUCUGAAGAACUGUGGCAGGUUGAGGUAUCUUCCCAACAAUCUCGGCAAGCUGAAAUUUCUUCAAGAACUGAUUCUCUCAGGCUGUCCAAAGCUGGAGAGUUUUCCAGACAUCGAAGAGGACAUGGAACGCUUGGAGAUUUUGCUCAUGGACGGAACAGCCAUCAAACAGACUCCGAAAACGAUGUUUCUAAGUAAUCUCAAGACAUUUUCGUUCUGUGGAUCGGAAGUCCAAGAUUCCACAGGCUUAGUGUUGCUUCCUCUCUCAGGUUGCUCUCACAUUUCAGACCUCUAUCUUACAGAUUGCAAUCUGUGCAAAUUGCCAGACAACUUUUGCUGCUUAUCCUCAUUACAGUCAUUAUGCUUAAGCAGCAACGAUAUUGAGUACCUACCUGAAAGCAUCAAGAAACUCCAGCAUUUGAAGUCGCUUGACUUGAAACAUUGCCGGAAGCUGAACUCUCUUCCAAUGCUUCCACCAAAUCUGAAGUACUUAGAUGCUGAUGACUGUGCUUCAUUGGAAUCAGUGGCAAAACCAGUGAUACUUCUCCAGGCUGCUGAUACAACACAUUCUACUUUCAUUUUCACAGAUUGCUUCAAGCUGAGUCGAGAUGCACAAGAUAAUAUUGUUGCUCAUGCCCAACUCAAAAGUCAGCUACUGGCAAAUGCAUCUCGUCAGCGUAAUCACAAGGGAUUAGUGCUGGAACCUUUAGUCAGCGUAUGUUUUCCAGGAAUCGACAUACCAUUGUGGUUCCGCCAUCAGAGAACGGGUUCUUCCAUGAAAACCACCCUCCCUCCACACUGGUGCGACAGUAGAUUUAUCGGGUUUUCCCUAUGCGUGGUUGUCUCUUUCAAGGGCUAUGAAGAUCGUACCAGCCGCUUUUCAGUAAGAUGCAGAUUCAACUUCAAGAACGAAGAUGGUGAGUCAAUUAGCUUUAGCUGCAAUCUCGGGGGAUGGAACGAGCCAUGUGGAUCAUCUGGCCACGAGCCACGACGCCUUAGCUCUGACCAUGUCUUCGUCAGCUAUAACAACUGUUUCCACGUCAAGAAAUGCCGGGAAGAGAAUAAUGACCACAGCAGAUGCUGUCACACGUCGGUCUCACUGAAAUUCUAUGUGACGGAUGAUGCAAGAAAGAAGCUAGAAUGCUGCGAGGUGGUUAGAUGCGGGAUGAGCUUGCUCUAUGGCCCUGAUGAGAAUGACUACAGACUCCAUGAAAUACAGGAGAGGAACGACCUCGAUCAAAUGGUAUCUGUAUCAGAAAAAGAAGCGGGUUUAUAUGGACGUGCUUCGGAUGAGGCUCUUGUAUCUAAGAGAGGCCGAACCUGCUUACAAGAUGACGAGAUACGGAAUGGGAAACGAGUAAAGGAAGAGAUCUCCUUAUACUGAUAUGAGUUUGUUGUUUUUCAGUUUCCUCCUCCAGACAGCAGGCACCAAGGCAUAACCUUUGGAUUCAGGCAGAAGGUGAGAUCAUAUGUCUUCUCUCCAUUCAACACUAAACAGAACAGGAUAAGACUGGUUUUACGAGGAACAUGUAUGAAACUCUAAACUGAUGCUACAUACAUAGGAUUGUAACAAGUGAUGAUCUUUAAUUUCCUCUAUAAAACCUAAACCAUAGGUUCUUAUCUUA